UAGCCACUAUUUAUAAACCUAAACAUUCAUCAAUUUUCAUAUCUUGCAAAGUUGUGGGCUAACAACUCUUAACAAUGGCAUUAUCUACUCCCUUUCCUGCUUUUUUCCUCUUUGCAUCAACCUUUUGUUUUUUUCUCAUUCUUUCCUCAUCUUCAUUGUCUCCCAUAACCCUUCCAAUUUAUCAUAUCAAAAAGUUUAUCAGAUUACAAAUGGACUCUGAGUCAUAUGCUUUAACAAGCUUGGCUCGUGAUGAGGAAAGGCUUAAGCAUUUGACAAUUCUCCCUAGUGUAGGUGUUGGACAGUCACCUUCAUCGGUUGUUGUACCUCUAUUUGCAGAGUCUAACGGAGAGCAUGUAGUUGUACUACGGAUUGGUGAGGAAAAGAUACGAACCCAGCUGCUCUUGGACACUGGCUCUUCAAUUAUUUGGUGGCAGUGCUAUCCAUGCGAAAAAUGUUAUAAUCAGAGAAAUAUACCCAAAUAUAAUCGAAUGAGUUCCCACUCAUUUGAAUCUAUUAGAUGCUCUUCAAACAAAUGUGAUCAAAGUCAACUGGAAAUAAGUUGUUCGCCACAAGGGCGGUGCCUUUAUAGUAUUAACUAUUUAGACAAUGAUACUACUUCGGGGGUUCUUGCCAUUGAAGAACUGUCAAGUUUAGAUGGCCGUUUUUCAUACAAGGUUAUUUUUGGGUGUGGAACUCACAAUCCUGGCAAGUAUUUUUUGGGUGUUUAUGCGGGAAUAUUAGGAUUCCAAAAUCUUAGGUAUUCCUUCCCAACCCAGAUUAGAGCUGCCAAAUUCUCCUUUUGUCUAAUUACACAAACUGAAAUGAGUACUGCCCUUUACCUGUAUGACUUUCCAACCCCGCACAAUAAAUCAAUUGUUGUGUCAUUGCAACCACGCCCAUUUUAUGAUUUUUCUUUUUAUUAUGUGGAAUUCAAAGGAAUCUCAAUCCACGCGGAAAUGCUCGAAGUAAGUCCAGAUAAAUGGGAAAUCAAUUUAGAUGGUAGCUAUGGUGUACUUUUGGAUACUGGAACCAGAAUAACAAGGUUUCCAAGAGAAAUAUAUACCCAAUUUCGUGAUAAGUUUGUGGAGGAAACCGAAGAUUUCGUUCCCUUACGAGUAAGCUAUUGCGCAUGCUAUAAAACAAAUAUAUAUUAUCUGAAUUAUUUUCCUGAGGUGUUGCUUCAUUUUACUGAUGAGAAGGUCCUUCGUCUAGACCCACGGCAAGUCUUGUAUGAAGUACAGACUGGGGUAUAUUGUUGCAUUUGCACCUUUGGAUCAAUCACUAACGAUGAUGGGGAGUUAUCAACUCGGGAGGACAAGACUUUCUUUCAAUUUAGCAGAUCACACUGUGACAUUCUCCUCCAAUGA